GCGGCCCCUGCGAGGCGCGGCUUUCCGCUCACGGAAGCCUCUCUGGGGUGAAGCUCCGCCGGCCAAAGUUCAGGAAGAGGCGGGGCUCCGCUCGGCGGUCAAGGAGGAGCUCCCGGGGUUGCCAAGUAACGGGCUCUCGCUUCCUGCCUGGCCCGGCGACGGCCUUCCCUGCCUGCUCCCUCCCGGCCCCACGGAAGACAAUAGGCGGCCAUGGCGGCUCGCGGGCCGCGCGGGUGGGUGCUGGCCCUGCUGGUCGCCCAGGUGUCCGGCGAGUUCGGCGUGGUCCGCGUCUUCCCGGAGAAGGGCGGCGGCGGCGGCGGCGGCGGCGGGAAGGACUACUGCAUCCUCUUCAACUCGCAGUGGGCCCACCUGCCGCACGACCUGGGCAAGGCGUCCGUCCUGGCGCUGCAGGAUCAGACGCUGUCGGUCUUGUGCGCUCCGUCCGAGGUCCCCGACGGAGGCUUCGGCAACGCGGUGCCCAUGGUGAUGCGGGGGAACUGCACUUUCUACGAGAAGGUGCACCUGGCGCAGAUCAACGGCGCUCGCGGGCUGCUGAUCGUCAGCAAGGAGAGGCUGGUCCCCCCAGCUGGUAACCAGAGUCAAUAUGAGGAAAUCGAUAUCCCAGUGGCCCUGCUGAGCUACGAGGAUAUGCUGGACAUAGGACAGAGCUUUGGCCACUCAGCCAAGGUGGCGUUGUACGCGCCCGGUGAGCCCGUCUUGGACUACAACAUGGUGAUCAUCUUCGUCAUGGCAGUGGGCACAGUGGCCAUCGGUGGGUACUGGGCCGGGAGCAGAGAUGUGAAGAAGCGCUACGUGAAGCACAAGCGGGAUGACGGGGCCGAGAAGCACGAGGAUGAGACGGUGGAUGUCACUCCGGUCAUGAUUGGCGUCUUCGUGGUCAUGUGCUGCUCCAUGCUGGUGCUCCUGUAUUAUUUCUACGACCAGCUAGUGUAUGCCAUCAUAGGAAUUUUCUGCCUGGCAGCUUCCAUCGGCCUCUACAGUUGCCUUUCCCCGUUUGUCCGAAGGUUCCCUCUCGGGAAGUGCCGCAUUCCAAGUAACAACUGGCCUUACUUCCACAAACGCCCCCAAGUCCGGAUGCUGCUCCUUGCCACGUUCUGCGUUGCUGUCAGCCUGUUCUGGGGUCUCUUCCGAAAUGAGGACCAGUGGGCCUGGAUCCUCCAAGACACCCUGGGGAUUGCCUUCUGCCUUUAUAUGCUGAAAACGAUCCGCUUGCCAACUUUCAAGGGCUGCACUUUGCUUCUCCUGGUCCUCUUUGUGUAUGAUGUGUUUUUCGUCUUCAUAACGCCUUAUCUGACCAAGACGGGAGAGAGCAUCAUGGUGGAAGUGGCUGCUGGGCCAACUGACUCGUCCACUCGUGAAAAGCUCCCGAUGGUGCUCAAGGUCCCCCGGCUCAACUUUUCCCCACUGGCCCUCUGCGACAGGCCGUUCUCUCUCCUGGGAUUUGGGGACAUCUUGGUGCCAGGCCUGCUCGUGGCAUAUUGCCACAGGUUUGAUAUUCAAGUCCAGUCGUCCAGAGUGUAUUUUGUAGCUUGCACCAUAGGCUAUGGCAUCGGCCUCUUGGUGACCUUUGCAGCCCUGGCGUGGAUGCAGAAGGGCCAGCCGGCACUGCUCUACCUUGUGCCCUGCACACUUCUCACCAGCCUCCUCGUAGCCCUUUGGCGCCGGGAGCUGGCCAUGUUCUGGACGGGCAGCGGCUUUGCGAAAGACCUACCUCAUCCUCCCUUAGUCAUCUCCCCCGUCAGCUGCCCUGCACCCCCAGAAGGGGAGAGUUCUCCAGCAUCCCACCCAGAAGCUGAUGGAGAAGCAGCUGCUUCUGCUGCCCCCCCCAGAGAGCCAGCCAGCACCCCCCUGGGUGGUGGGAAGCCACCAGCCCCUUUCCUGGCGAUGGAGGAAGAGGAAGAGGAGAAGCAGACUGAUGCCAGUGAGCCCUGUCCCAACCAGCCACCUGCCAAGCAGCCUGACUCUCCGAAGGACGACGACGACAACGUUCCGGGACGGAAGAGCCCCUCAGCCAAGCAUAGUCAGUCUGGCUAGAUUCCUCUCUCCCCGCUCCUCCUGCCCACCCCUCAAGUGCAGCUGAGGACCGAUUUGGUCACCUUUGCAUUUCGCACAGAAACACAACAUCCCUUCUUGGACCGUUCGGCAUUAGGAGACUUCCAGGCUGGACGCUGGGGGGGCAGGCAAUCAACACUUCCUACCAAAUCCCCUUCCAUUUUGAAUAUGGUGCUUUUAUGAAGGUUCGAAUAGGAUUUCAGCAACUGUUGAAAAAACAAAUCAGCAAGCAGAUGCCUUUCCUUUCCCCGUUUCGUUCUGCUGGAUAGUAUUAAUACCUUUUAUAAAAAAUGUAGGCAGUAUUUGCACUUGCGUGGCCAUGAUAAUCGCUUUAGCAUAGCUAGGGCUGCGUGGGAAGAGACUCUCCUCCGACCGUAGGCAUUUCCUCUUUUUAAAAAUAAUCUCUCCACGGAAGGCCCUGCAUUUUUCCUUCCAAUGGGCAAUUAUGUACUGUCCUGUCAAGGAAUGAGCCGGUCUCAGAAAGAAUUUGUUUACUGCAAAUGGCAUCGACUCUGUCUCUGUGGGCUUUUUGUUCUGUCUGUCUCUUGCGGAUGCUAGUGCUGCUGGAAGGGAGGGGUGUCAAGACCUGGUGAUUUCCCCUUCAGAGAAAAGGCCUUGGGGCGUGGCACCCCCAGUUGCUAGCCUUUAAGCAGAGUUCAGGAGGAGGUUGGGUCCCCUUCAGAGCUCUCUGGGCUGGAAAGAAAGAGACUGCUGUAACUUCAGGCCCAGGCUAGAAGGUGCAGAUGUUGUGUACCCAGUGGCUUGUGGAACUCCUGCCUAGUGGCUCCUGGGCCUGUCCAGCCCCUGCCCAGCAUUGGGCUGCCUGGAGGCCAGUUCCAGAGAACAAGACCAAGGUUGUGCAAGAGGCAGAUGGAGAUGAUCACCAUUCUGGUCUUCCUCCAAAUGGGCCCAGGGGUUGCCAGGAAGACCAGGCCGUGUCACUGCUGGAGCCCAGAUUAUGCCCUGCAGCCCUGAGCUCUGCCCUGCUGAAUCGCUGGGGGAGUGGGGGAAAUGGAGGCUGCGAGUGAGGGUUAGGGUUAGCCAGGAUGGAUGGGAACUGGGUGGGGAGCACCGGCUCAAGGCAAGAGGCCAGGGCAGCAUGUUUCCGUCCUUCCAACUGGUCGCAUGCAGUCACCUUCUCCUCUUCUGGUCCAGCUGGGAUUUAAUGAGAACUUUCCUGACAUGCAGGUCAAGUCCUCGGUUGCUUGGGAAAUGUGGCUGCAUCCUCCCCUGCCCUCCUCGAACCAUGGUGCCCACCUCCAGGGGAGCAGAGGGGCUGGAGGAUUGGGGGUUGCAGCAGACCUGGAGUCUUCCAGCAGCACUCAGAGCAAGGAGGAGUCUCCCUUUGUGGGAGUAUCAAGUCCCCCUUGAACAUCUCUUAUUUGGCAUCCUGAGCCUGACGGUUUCUAUGUUGUCUUUGUGUUUCAGUGUGAUGCAUUUGCCUUCUUUUGUUUUCUGGACAAUAAGAUGUAGCUUUACAACCAUGCAUAUUAAAAGUUUACUGGCUUCUGCUGAGUUGCUGGCGAGUCCAGUAGAUGCUGCCUGCCCAGUCCCCUUGCCGUUGGCCCUUGCUUCGAGGAGGGAAUGCCUCUAUGGUCUAACAACCUUAAUUCGGAGAGCUUUAUCCUGAUUCCUUGGUGCAAUGUGUGGGUGGUAAGUGGGCCUGGCUCUCACUCGUGCAGAACAAUGGGCGCUUGUUUAGACGCUACAGGAUUAUGCCUUAAUUUAAGCCAUUUUAUAAAUAAUGUAAACGGAACUUUUAUUUUACUGAAGCAGGUUAAACAAUAAACUUGAUGAAACUU